ACUUCACAUCUAUAACGUAACAUGGUAAUAUAAAAUCUUGCAAUUUAUCAUUUUAUAAUCGUAACAAAUUGAUUGUUUCAAUUAUUUAUUUAAUAUUAAUAUUAAUUCUUCACAAUAGGAUGAUUUCAUAAAAAAAAAACUAAUCUUGUUUAUGAUAUUUUUGAAGAGUAAAUAUCAUACACGUGACUAUUUCGAAACAUUUUUAGAUUUGAUUGAUUGUUCCAUGUAAAAAUUAGUAUUAAAUUUACCUAAUCAAAACGCAAGAAAAUAAAUAAAGAGAAAAUUAGUUAGUUUACCUUUAGUUUUGAUUAAAUGACCUUAGUAUUUUUAUUCUAAAAAUAUAAAAUUAUAUUUUUAAUAUAAAUUUUAAAUCAUCAUUACAAGUCACUCUUACUUUCUUUAAUAGUGAGUCGAUAGAUGACGAGUGAAGAAUUGCAUGUCGGCAUGAAUUGACUAACCUUUAAAGAUUACAAAUUUAAAAACAACAAUUGAUGAUUAUUGUUAAAUAAAAAAAACUUGUUCUAAUUUUUGUAGAGUUCGUUUAUUUGAAAAAAUAGCUUUAUUAUAUUAAUUAUUAAAAUGCCGAAAAUACGUGCAGAAAAGGUAUCUCGUGUGCAUAAAGAGGUUACAAGACAAGGUAUUCAGUUUAAUAAAGAUUUUGGUCAACAUAUUUUGAAGAAUCCUCUUAUUAUACAAAAUAUGGUUGAGAAAGCUGCAAUUAGACCGACAGAUGUUGUAUUAGAAAUUGGUCCUGGUACAGGAAAUAUGACAAUCAAAAUAUUAGAUAAAGCAAAAAAAGUAAUAGCAUGUGAAUUAGAUCCAAGAAUGGUUGCAGAAUUGCAAAAACGUGUACAAGGGUCACCUUAUCAACCAAAAUUACAAAUAAUAGUAGGAAACGUUUUGAAGACAAAUUUGCCAUUUUUUGAUUUGUGCGUUGCAAAUAUUCCUUAUCAAAUUUCAUCUCCAUUAGUAUUCAAAUUACUUUUGCACAGGCCUAUUUUUAGAUGUGCAGUACUUAUGUUUCAAAGAGAAUUUGCAGAACGUUUGGUUGCAAAACCAGGUGACAAAUUAUAUUGUCGCCUUAGCAUCAACACGCAACUUUUAGCACGUGUAGAUAUGUUAAUGAAAGUUGGAAAAAAUAAUUUUAGGCCACCACCAAAAGUAGAAUCAAAUGUAGUUAGAAUAGAACCUAGAAAUCCACCACCACCAAUUAAUUAUCAGGAAUGGGAUGGAUUAACAAGGAUUGGAUUUGUUAGGAAAAAUAAAACACUUUCAGCAGCAUUUAAACAAACUGCUGUAAUGACAAUGUUAGAAAAGAAUUAUAAACUUCAUUGUAGUUUAAACAAUAAGACAAUACCAGAAAAUUUUGAUAUAAAAGAAAUGGUAAAUAAGAUAUUGCAAACUGCUAAAGCAGAAAGUAAACGAGCUAGGACUAUGGACAUUGAUGAUUUUAUCAGUCUUUUACAUGCAUUUAAUGCUGAAGGAAUUCAUUUUACAUGAAUAAAGAAAAAUUCAUAUAUUUAAAAGAAAAAAUUCAUGUCUUUUAAAUUACAAAUUGUGAAGAUCAUCAGGAUUAUAUAAAAAAUCCAAGGAGAGAAGUAAAAAAUGUUCAUUAUGUUUUUUUUAUAAGAAACAUUGUAAUAUUUGUAAAUAAAUAUAGAUAUUUUUAUAUGUAUAUGUAUAUGGAUAUUUAUGUAUGGAUGAAAUUUUUAAGUAUGAAGUAUAUAAUUGUUACAAUUACAUUUUAUAAUACAGGUACUAUUUGAACUCUGAUUUUUUAUACUAUCAAAUGUUACUAAUGUUUCAUUCAUUUUCAUACUU